CCAAUACAAAUGACAUCUUCUUGCCAUAUAUAUAUAGACUACAACAGUAUUAUUUAUCAACCAUUGCAUUGUAAUUUGUCAAGAAGUGACAUGGCUUGCUCAAAAUCAUAUAUGUUUCUUGGUCUUCUUCUUAUUCUGUCUUCUCAAGUUUUAGCUGAUAUUCAGUUUCCACCUCCUCCUACUCUUGACUCAAGGAUCAAAGUGGGUAGCUGUGGUGGCGCAACGCAUGAAGUGAUUCUUACAGAAGCUGAAGUUAAUUGGAUAAAGAACAAUGCUGCUAAAACUAUUCCUCAAAACCACUUAUUGGAUGAAGAUAAAGUUUUCAAGAGUGAUCAAGAAGAUAAAGUUUCUAAUCAGAAAGAUAAAAUUAUAAAUUAAGAAUUCCAAAUGUGAUAAACCACAAGAUGUAAUUUCCUAAAUAAAAUAAUCAAAUGUGAUGAAGAAUAUUAAAUAUAUAUAUUAAUAUGCAAUAUGCAAUAUAUAUAUUAAUAUGCAAUAUGCAAUCAAUAAAUAUCAAUAAUCAAUAUUAUAUCGAUAAUCAAUAAUAUCUAUAUCUAUGUUUAUAUCUA